AGUUCUUCACGGCGAUGAAGAAGGACGGCUCCUACCGAACCCGGGACCAACUCACUUCCAAAUGGAGCCACAUCAACAAAAAAGUCCGAAAGUUUAUGGGAGUUUACGAGGGAUGCUCCCGGUCCCGGAGGAGCGGCACGAACGACGCCGAUGUUCUCCGGCUUGCCACGACCCGGUAUCAAGAUGACGGGAACCAAGGCAAGGUGCCCAUCGAUCUUUGGAGGAUUUUGAGUCGUUCCCUGACGGCGGAUCGUUACAGAAAAGAUCCACCGUCGACGCCGAGGUUGAGGUCGACGAGACUAUCGGUUCUAGCGAUCAAAUCCCUCCCUUCAACGUUGCGGAUUCCGAUGACGAGGACCCCAUUCCACGACCGAUCGGAAGAAAGAAGGCAAAAUCCAUUGCCUCGGGUUCGGGAGGGUCCGCCUCUGUUUCCGCUUCUCCCCGCGACGAAAUCGGCCGGGCAAUGAUUGAACAACUUCGGGCGUUCAAUCUACAAGAACAAGAGAGGUUGAAGCUAAAGGAGAAGGAAUUGAAGCUAAAGGAGCAGGAGGCUGAGAUGAAAGUCAUGCAAACCGACCCCGGGACGUUGUCGGAGUUUGGACGAAUGAUCAAUGAGCAAAGAAUGAGAGAGAUCGAGAAGAAAUAUAAUUUACCUUA